GGAUAUUGGGUUUGAUUUAGAAUAAAAAUCUGAGAAGAAAUUAGAGUUAGGAUUUUUCUUGCUAAAUUGAAGUACUAGCAUCGUAAUAACAGUUAAAAUUUAUUUCGAAAAUUCGCAUUGUAAAAUAUAUGUUUAUAGCGUUAUUUGGAAAAAAAGUGGGAAAUAAGAAGAAAAGGUUGUCUGGUAAUAUUUGGAAAAGACGGGAUAACUGGUGACUGCCUUGCCGCCCGUGGCUCCCUCCUGCUCCGCCGUCCGCUCCCAGUCGCGGCCGCGGCGACCGCAUGGGCCGGAGCCGAAGCGAGAGGCCUAACCGUUGCGGAGCAGCUCGUCGUCGCUGAUACGCAGCCCCCGCGACCGGACGGACGGACGGCCAUGGCUUCCUGGAACAGCGCUCUGGGGAUGAGCUCUUUAACGAUCGGCGAGCGGCUGUGCGCGUUGGCGAUACCGCUCCUCGGCUUACUCGAGGCCGUGUUCGUGAACAUCUCGCGCUGCUUCGUCUCCGACCGUCCCCAGAGGCACUCCUACAGCCUCGACGAACUCUCCCGCAUCGCAAAGAACACGCCAUUUUCCGUCAACGAGAUCGAAGCGCUGCUUGAGCUGUAUAAGAAGUUGAGCGGCUCGAUUAUUGACGACGGCGUGAUCCACAAGGAAGAACUGCAGCUGGCGCUGUUUAGAAAGGCGGUGGGCAAGAAUCUUUUCCUGGACAGGGUUUUUGAUCUUUUUGAUGAGAAGAAAAAUGGUGUUAUAGAGUUUGGGGAGUUCGUUCAUGCACUUAGCGUCUUCCAUCCCUGUGCCCCUGUGGAAGACAAAGUAAACUUUGCAUUCAAGUUGUAUGAUUUGAGACAGACCGGUUAUAUUGAACGGGAUGAGGUUAAGCAAAUGGUGGUUGCCACUUUACUGGAGUCAGGUUUAUCCGUGUCUAAUGAAGCCGUUGAAGCUAUUAUAGAUAAGACAUUUGAAGAUGCUGACAUAGACAAGGAUGGCAAAAUAAAUAAAGCAGAGUGGAAGGCUUUUGUUGUUCGGCACCCAACGCUUCUGAAACAUAUGACUCUUCACCAUUUGCGGGACAUUACUACAGCAUUCCCUAGUUUCAUUUUCAACACGGAAGUUGACGAAUGACGACUGACAACUGUUCAACCCUCUUGAUCAAGAAGAAGUAAGGUCGUGAGACUGUUGCAGCCGCAUAUUUACAUGGGACGGCAAGGGACUUCCAACAGAUUACUUUUCAUCUCAGAGAAGAAGGCUCUGAUACUGACUUGACGGCGGCUCUACAAAUGCUGAGCUGCUCUCGAUAAUGCAUUUCCCUCAUCAAGCUUUAGCUCUCAGAUCAUCCUUGGGAUGAGGGGCACUCGUCCAAUCUCCUUGGCAACAAACUACAUUGAUUCUUGUACUUCCAUCUAUCAACUAAUCGAUCAGUCAAUAGCUUUUUCCUUUGCCCUCCUCUAUUUUGUUGCUGUAUAGACCGUCGAAUUAGAAGACAUCUGAGGACUUUUGAAUAGAUCUCACAGGUCUCUUUGUGUGCAACAUGGGACAUUAGCUUUUGCUAAUCAUUGAACUA